UGAGUGUCCCCGCAAGAUGCAAGUUUGCAACUAAUGGAUAGUUAAAAAAGCCGUUGGCGUUAAUUACACGCCAGAAGGCCAUCGACUUUUGUACCUGCAGAGAAAUCGCCAAUUUAAUCAAUGCUAUUUGGCCAGCUUGCUCUUUGGCAAUUCAAUUAAACCUUCUAUUGGGCGAUUUAAUCAAUGCUAAUUUGAGUUUUGACCAAGUUUAUUUUCCAGGCUGACUGGCAAGGGAGAGGCUUAUUGACUUUCGGAAACUGAAACCACAUAAAAAUCAAAUAGCUCUAUUGUUCUCCCUAACCGUUUUGUUUGCGAAAUUCAGAGCAGAAGCAGAUUUGGCUUGUAGGGUUUGUGGGUGUUGGAUCAAUGGCUUCUUCUGUCAUGUCAACCUUCAGGAUUUUUCUCAUUUCAAUGUUGUUUGUAUGCUGCUUCCUUCAGGCCCAAGGCCGCCCUGGUAAGCCCUUCUAUGCCUGUAGAUCAUACAUAGUUUCUAUUUCAUUUUCUCUACCCCGUUAUCAUCAUCCCAAGGAAGAAGGCCUGCUAGUGGCCAUUCCUGUUGAGACUCACAAGCUUGAUGUUUUCAAGGGAGAUCUUAAUGGAGAGCCAAACCAGGUUAUUUAUGAAUCAUGGGGAUUUACCAACAAUUACAACCCAUUUCACAAAGCCAACGAUAGGCACAACUCAUUUGAGCAAACUAAACACCAUGACCACCAGAAGCAGAUGAUGAGUACCUUCCAGAAGAGGGCUAGGGAUGUCCUGAGCAUUCUUAUUGCCCUUUUACUUGGUGCUCUUUGUGGCGCCAUUACAUCCACAAUCUUUCAUUUGGUCUGGACCCUGGCCACACACAGGUAUAGGGUUUCUGCUGAGGCAGAGGGUUUCGGUGCGGAUCUCAAAGAUUUUGGCUACCAGAAAUUGCCUGCGAAAGAAGGGCUUGAGGUGCCCACCAAGGAAGGGCUUGAGGUGCCAACCAAAGAAGGGCUUGAGGUGGCCACUAAGGAAGGACUUGAGGUUUAGGCUAAGUAGGACCUCUGUAAUUAUCUGGUUUAUCAUAUAAUGCAUAUGCCUGCAUAAUUUGUUAAUUAUGCUAGCUUAAAGGCAAACUCUGCAGAACAUAUUAUGUGAUUUUCAGUACAUUUGGUUUUCUAAGUUAUUUUCUGUCAAAGAGAUGUUGAUACUAAAUGAUAUUUCUUUUCACCAA